CCGCUGCGGUCUUUCCCUGGUCGCCUCACCAGUCCGCGAACUCGAACAGCAUAUUCAGUUCUGGAGCUCUGCCCAAGAUCUUGACUAGGUUUUUCGCACGUUCCGCCGUUUCGCGCUAAAUAUUCUAUCAGGGCACAGUUUGCCUUCGGAAGUGGCCAACGCCGCCGCUCACCACACACCUGCGGAAACAGCAGAAAACAGCUGGGUGCGUGUGUGUGCGUGCGCGUGUGUGUGUGAGUAUCCUUGUGUUGAUUGAGUCGAGUAGUCGGCCGUCCGCUCUUGUGGCUCUUUUGUCGUGAGGGAAGAAAGUGAUUUGCCAUGAGGCGAGCGUAGAUAUGAAUUUAUAGACAUGGGCGAGCCAAGCGGCAAUGACUGUGACCCAGUGCUGUUGAAUUCAUUCAUCGUGAAGAAGCAACGAUGCAGAGUAUACUUUCACCGUGGAGUUCUCAUCUGGGAGUCCGAAGCAGCUCCUUAUAUUAAAGUCAAGUUACCCCUGAAGCACGUUGUAGGUGUAGAAUAUGAACAUCCCAGCGAGCUAUCUGCCUUUACCAACGAAAUUAUUUGUCAAGAAGAAAGACCAGAGGAGUACACUAGUUUUACUCUACAUUAUGUUACACAGUCUAAAAGGAGUAAACUUCGCCUCAGUAAAGUUACUCUCACUCAUGCUGACCCAAUCCAAGUGGCAUCGUGGGUCAAAACUAUUAGAAACUAUAUUAAAGAGUUGACUUACCGCCCAAGAUGUCUGCUCUUAUUUGUUAACCCGUAUGGAGGAAAAAAGAGGGGUCAAAAAAUUUAUGAAAAGAAUGUGAAACCCCUACUUGCAAGGGCUGGCAUAGAAACUAAAGUUGUCAUUACACAAUAUCGAAACCAUGCUCAUGAGACUAUUCUCUCUCAAUCUUUUGAUGGGAUUGAUGGUGUGGCCUGUGUUGGUGGUGAUGGAACUUUAGCAGAGGUUUUAAACGCACUUGUUCUUCGUGCCGCCAAGGAUAAAGGGAUUGAUACUGAUGACCCCCAUGCAGAACUCCCUCAACCCUCUGUACCAGUUGGUGUUAUUCCUGGCGGUAGCACUGACACAAUUGCAUAUACUCUUCAUGGUACGAAUGACAUCCAGACUGCUGUUCUUCAUAUUAUUCUUGGUGAAAGUUCUGGCUUGGAUAUUUGCAGUGUACACAAUGAAAACAGCCUUCUUCGGUACUAUGCCAGUAUGCUCUCAUAUGGGUACUUAGGAGAUGUUUGUAAGUCCAGUGAGAAAUUUCGUUGGAUGGGCCCUAAACGUUACGAUUAUUCGGGUUUUAGGAAGAUACUAGCUAACCGUGGCUAUCGUAGUGAAAUUACAAUUUUGUCCAGUGAUAGCAAUUCUCCUAUUGAUGGUCCCAGAUGUUAUCGAGACUGUGGCACAUGCAAAAUUGAUGAAUCCAGUGGAGAAGAGAAACCUGCUGCAGAUUGGAAAACAAUUAAAGGUCGCUUUUUUAUGGUGAAUGGAGUAAACAUUUCAUGUGCUUGUGCCAAAGCUCCAAAUGGAUUCUCACCAUACUGCCAUAUUGGAGAUGGUUGUCUUGAUGUCAUUCUUAUCAAGCAUACAUCAAUAAUUAACAUACUGCGCUUGUUAUUGCGUGUCUCCAGUAAAUCAAGAACCAUGUUUGAUCUACCUUUUGUGGAGGUACACAGAGCACAGGAGUUUACCCUGCAAGCUAUGCCUGACCCAAAAUUGGAGCUCCUUGAUCCAGAUGCGCCAGAUGCUCGUACAAGUGUGUGGAAUUGCGAUGGGGAAGUUGUGCAGGGAACCAACAUAAAAAUUAGAGUACGCAGACAGCUUAUACGCAUGUUUAGUCAGAGAAUGGAAGAGGAGGAACAUGAACCUUCAUGUUUUGUAUGUAAGUGACAAGUUUCACAUUAUUUGAAAGAUUACUCUGACAAGGUUUUGGAGGAAACUUUGAAGUUUCCAUUUCACAUUGAGUAGCUAGCCCAUCACAUCCUCAUUUUUUAUUUGUCAUUUUUCCUCCUCGUAUUAUCAUAGACCUCAAGUCGAGUGAAAUUCCUUCUAUUUUUAUUCAUCGAGUGCCAUUUCUUUGUGGGUGAUAUUUCAUCUCCUAGGCUCAAAUAGUUUACUUUUUUAAGAAGGGUUUUCAUUGGAAUCUAUUCUCCUCGCAAGUCAAUGUCCUAGGUAUAUCUUGAAUGAAUCUGCAAUUCAUGUUCCAGUGCAUGAGUACUUAAUUAUCUCUGUUGGUACAAAUGAUUAUGAAUUCAUGUGUAUGUAGUGAAAGUGGGCUAUAUUGAUAUUUUGGUUGCCUGGUGGCUCAGUUUGCAUCUCAUUUUACAUCACAAAUAUUUAUUUUUUUCAAGUUGAGUAGGGUGUACAAUGCCCUGAAGAAAAUUUGAUGGCCCUGUGCAAGUUUACUAGCUUAGUGCAGUAUCUAUCUUUGAAAGUCUCAAUGCAUUUGUUAAAUACGUAUUUAUGUCCAAUUUUAUUCUGAGACUUUUACUAUCUAUUAGUAUUAUCUAAUAUAAUUAGCUCUCUUUGCACUUAGGGAGUGAUAUACAGACUAUUAGGAUCUAUUGCCCUACAUUCUUCUGUUUAUGAAGCUCAAUUUAAUGAGACCCUUGGGCCAUUCUUUAACACUCCUAUGAGCUUAUCUCUGGAGUUAUUUGCAACCUUUUGUAUUAUGCUUAACUCUCUCUGAGCAUGAGCAACAUGACAUGAAAGCAAUACAAGCUAGGUGGGGGUAAGGAAAAUAGGUAAAAAGGUUAUAGGUAAUUAGUGCCAAAGUUUUGAUUUGUUUUCUCUCUCUUGGAUGAGUCAUUGUCCGAAUUGACCUCAAAUUCCACUCUCCUCUAACAUCAGUUUUUUAACAGUAUUUUCCUCCUGUUUUCUCCUUGUAAAAGUGAAAAACACACAUCAGUAUUUCGCAGUGAGAGUACGACUCAACAAUAUAUUUUCUCUUACUGUUAAAUGAAGUAUGAACUGGCGCCUGUAUGAGAUGCUGAACAAUUUUUAGUUUUGUUUGUCUCAUACAUGUUUGUUUACCGAGUUCUGUGGUAAAGGUUUUGUAUUGGUUCCGUUACUGUGCAAUUUCUUUAUGGACUGCAAAUAGGAAGAAUAAUGUGAAGAGAAACUAUCUGGCUUUUAAGCAUUGAAAGUUCAGUCUAUUUGUAAUACUCAUUUGAUAUUACCAUAUUGCAUUCAUCAAUUCAGUAAGCCGUGGUAGUUGUAGGUAGUCUUAGGCAACAUUGUGAACUUGAAUUAUCUGACAUAUUGUUAAGGAUUGCUGCAUUGCAAUGUUUGUUGCAAUGUGUGCAAUUGAUGUUUGUGCAAUUGAUAUUUUGUCAUGGUGAUAUUAUGGUGAUAUUAAGAGCACUUUAGCAAGUGUUUGUGAUAGGGGUUGCUUAGUAGUUCUUUGGAUUUCAGGGGAUAUUUUUCUUUUGUUCUUUCCUGAUGUUAAAACUGGGUUUACAAUACCUACAUUGAUAUGCUGUAGAUUUAAUUCCUCUUUGUUUUUGUUUAUCACCAUUCGUUUCAUUUUAAACUAUGAAUCUAAAAUUUAAUAUUUCACUUCCACAUUACAAAUGAAAAAAAGAAACAUCACUCUACCUUCUAUUCAUGUCCAUUUUGGUUGACGUCAUGCACAUUUCAUUACUAUGGACAUCUGUAGGAGAAAUGCAAACAAGUUUUGAUUAAAUCUGACCAUGAUACAUGUAAAAAACUGUUCAUCGUCAUCUGUUUUUUAUUAGAAAAUAACAUGGAACAUGAAAUAAGGCAUAAGAGUUGUGCAGUAGCCCAUUUUUUUUCUAAUUUGAGUGUGAUGAUGACAAGCCUGUGGUUUUAUUUAGUGAAGGAGCAUAAUAUUGCCACUUAUUUGUACAUUCCAAGUUUUAUGUAAUCUUGAGUGAGGUUGUAUCAUUCUGCUUUCAUUAAUAAGUGUCAACAUUUUAUUGAUGAACCUUGGAAAAUUCACUGCUCUUAGCGAUUUAGUAGUAUUGUAUGAUAUUUUUUGUAUGCAUUCAGUAUUUAUUACAAUGCAAAUGUUUCCACAUUUCAUGUGAUCGAAGGUGCUUUUUCAGGGUUCAGUAUUUUGACAGCUUUUUAUUUUUAAUGUCAGCACCUCCUGCAUUUUAUUUUAUCUUUUGACUUCUUGUCAAUUUACAUCGAAUUGGCUCCCUGACAUGCAGGAGCACUGCCAUUUUAGGUUUUUUUCUUAUUUUGGUGGAAGAUUUGUUUUUAUCUUAUAUAAACAUCAUUAUUGGUUGUGGGUUUAACAUUUUUUAUGACAAAUUUACAUAUAGGAUUACAUUAAAGAAAUGAACUCAAGGUCUCUUCCUUUCAGAAAUUUUUGGAAUAGUCACGUGAUUAUUAUAGACCUUAACAUAAUUAUAGGACCUGUAGAAUCAAGGUAAAGAUGCUCUUAGAGCUCUCGUCCCCCUACUAUAAUUACUUUGGAGGGUAAAUUAGCAUUCUGUUGAGCAUAAUUGGAAGGAGUCUUUUAUUUUCUCUAGUACUUUUAUUCACAAAUGUUAAUUCUGAGAGUGCAAAGGAUCAAAUGUACAUCCUCUUCAAUAUUGGGUUUAUUUCCUUGUUUCGAACUAUUAUUGCAUUGCUCAAAGUUAAGAAGGGUACCAACAUUUGUUUUUAAAAUAAAAACGAGUGAUAUAUUCUGAAAUUGAUAGAGAAUCUAUUUUAUUUCUGUGUUGUGACUGGUUGUAAGGUUUGUGAUGCAUGACUUUCCAAGUUUAAAUAAAUUUGUGAAGUACAGUUUUUA